AAUGCAAGGUGAGGGCAGAACCAUAGUAAUUGUUACAUUCCGGUUUGAUUUUCGGUGCAUUUUCAGCCAGACUGUGUUUGAUCGUCCGGGAGGUUAUCUACUCGUGACAAAACAUACAGUACGAAUCUUAUACUGUUACAGUGUUGUUAGAGACAGUUGAUGUAGGCGGUCUUGUGGUUAUGUGUGAAGAUGGAUUGUAGUAUUGGAGUAAAUUACGCGAGGUAUAUACAUCCAGAUACGUCCAUACAUCAUGCACUAAAACUUUAAGUUUUAACUGUACAAGAGUGUAACAAAACGAGACUGGUGAAAAACACUGGACAAAAUAACUCCAGAACACUGUCUCGUUGACAUUUCUCCUAUUUUUGUUUCCUGUUGCCUGUGGCGAUGGAAUGUUACUGACCAAACGCACGCGCGUGGCUACCUGACUUUGUCAUUGGGAGCCUUCACAGACACAUGAAACACUGUCAUCUCCGAAACUGCACAUUAGCAGAGUUCUUUGUACACACAUCCGACACCCCAAGGUGCCCGGUGACUUCUUGACCAGGUAACCAUGAAGUCAAUCGCAGGGUUUGCCUUCUGCCUGCUUGUCAUCUCGGGACUGUUAAAGUCGGGAGAGGCGCAGUGUGCUGGCUACAGAUGCUGUCCUGGAGUGGACAACGACUGCUUCACAGGCGAUGACGAAUGUUUUUGUGAUUACUACUGUCUGGAGGCAAGGGACUGCUGUCCGGAUUACAAUGCAACCUGUCUAUACAAUGGCCUUCCGACGAUGACUUCGGCGCCGAUACUGCACCCGCCAGUCCUGAACAACAGCACCAUGAGGGUCACCUUCGCCUGCGAGGUUCAGUAUGACGGAGAAGAAGAAUUGGCCCGUUUCGAUGUCAAAUUCCUUUUCGACGACGAGGAGUCUCCCGAAGUCCCCAACGUCACGCUCAGUGGAACACAGAAGACAGCAGAGCUGGACGCUAAAUACCUGGGUCUGCAUAGCCUGGGAGGGGCGACUGUGUGGAACUCCAUGAUGGGGAAAACUGUGUCCUGUACCGCCCAAUCCUACUGGUCUAACAGUUCGGACACUAAGAGUGGUGCGCUGCAGAGCAAUGGAUACUGGGCUGGAAUCAGGAGUAAUAUGUCGAGCCUCCAUCUCCCCGAGAAUCGUGAUACCAAGGUGUACCUGGGCAUGUACGCCACUGUCCCGUUCAUCUGCGACACCAAGUACGAGCACCAUCACAAAUGCACCAUCACCAUUCCCUUACGGGUGGGCGGAGAUGUGGUCACGGAGCAAAGCGACCUCCACGCAUGCGCCAUCACCAUCAGAGCCAUAGACUGGGACCCGGCCACUCUGCGCGCCGAGGCUGCCCCUGUGAGGAUACUGCCUGUACAGGACAUGAAGGACGAUGGGGACCAGGCGGCGGCGCUGGAGUUCGGCACUAUCGCCAAGCCUUUCUUCUGGCACCCGUUGGACGAUCAUGGAACUAUUGUACCGCACAUUUACAAUGGGUACACACCAACAGGCAUCCAGACUUUGACCGAGGAUGCGCCGACCGGUCGCUGCUACGGGGUGACUGAUCCUCAUUACAGAACGUUUGACGGAACGAGCUACACUAUCCUGCAAGUUGGGGAAUUCGUCUUCACCAAGAGCACCAGAAGGAAAUUUGAGGUGCAGGUCCGUACGUAUGCAUGUGGUUUCUCCGGAGGAGUCAGUUGCCACUGCGCGGUCGCCGUGAGGGAGGGUAAUGACAUCGUCAUCGUUGACAUUUGCCACCGUCCGUGGAAGGGCUACCAGGUCAACCCGAAGAUCAUAGAAAAAACUGCUGGGGGACUUCCGCUUUCGUCUGGAGUCAGUGUCAAAGGAAAUGCAAAUGGACGAGAGUUUAUGAUCACCAUGUCAUCAGGAUCAUCAGUUAGGACAUGGAUCAACUAUUGGGGCAUGAAUGUGUACCUUGACACCUUACCCAUAGAUAAAGGAGACAUGGUCGGCCUGUGCGGCACGUGGGACGACAGGCAAAGUAACGACUUCGUCAUGAAGGACGGCUCCCUGGCAACAGAUACUUCACAAUUUGUUCAAAGCUGGAGGGUGUUACAGGGAACAAGCUUUUUCGACAUCGACGAUUUCCCUCCCGACCCUGACGCCGAUGACGGUGUGACGUACUGCACGUGCGCGUCAUCCGACUCCAUCACAUGCAGCCCUAGUGACAACAGUACCCCCAACCCCGUGGCGAACAUCAACCUCCCUGUCGCGCCGAAGAAAGCGAUCAGCAAUGUCAUUAACGCAGGUAAAAGAAGGAAGCGUUCAACAGAUAAUGAUCCUUCUAUGCACACCGACAACAUCGAGUAUGAUGACAAGUAUGCCUUUGACUACGGAAACGCCAGUACUCCGGUGGCCGUACCGAUGUGGCCAACCCAGACUAAGGGAAUCACCCAAGAGCAGGCAGAUACGCAUUGCCGACAGACCAUCAUCAACUCCACCGUGGCGGAAAGCUGUCAGGAAUUGGGCAUCGACAUAUUUGAUGCUAUUGAUGCAUGCGUAGUCGAUAUACAGCUUACAGAAGAUUUGUCCAUAGCCGAUGCUGCAGUCGGGGUGAUGAAAUCCGAGUGUGUGACCGUUGUCUACAAGAACGUCAGUCUGUACGACGUCAUGGACGAUGGCUCCACUGUACCGUCAGUGGCGGUAAAGAAUAACCUGUGCCCGGCUGACUGCAGCCACAACGGAGUCUGCACGAACGGGACGUGCCUGUGUCACGACGGCUUCACGUCAGCAGACUGUUCGAUCGUUGAGGGAACCGUGCCGGAGAUUUGGAGCGUCCCAAACGGCGGGCUGUGUGACAUACGGCAGAGGCCCUGUCUGAAAACGGCCGUCAUAGCCGACAACAUCAUCGCUUCGGAAAAUCUAACGUGCAAGGUUCGACAAGUACAGAUUACAAACGGCAUUCAGACAGUCCUGGAGAACACAGAAGAACUUACAAACGCCACGCUUCAAACAUUCAGCGAAGUCUCGUGUGCACUCCCUCAGUCCCCGGUACUGCAGGGCACCCCGGACACCACAGAGGGCGCUGUAAAACACGGCAUGCUGAUAUCCCUCAGUAACGACGGACUGCAGUUCAGCGAGGAAGUCUUAUUCACCAUCUAUGACUCCGUGUGCCAGGAAUGCCAACAAGGACCGACAUGCUCGGCAAAGCCGGGCACGUGCAACAUCCGGGGAUUCUGUUUCGAGGACGGUGAUGCUAACCCAGACGACUGGUGCGAGCAGUGCCUCCCUGACGUCUCCGAUAGCUCAUUCACGCAGCGAGCAGUAAAUCUUCCCCCGACUUUCACCACCGCUACUACAAUCACCAAGCUACCAGGUGAGACUCUAGACAUCAGUUUGGAAGCAACAGAUCCAGAGGGUCGGGAUGUGACAUACAGCAUAGCAUCAGCAAACCCACAUGGAGUGAUGCUGCAACCCUCCGGACAGCUGACCUGGGACACGGACCCCGCUCCUCCGGUCACCAGCUUCCCGCUGGACGUGACCGUGACAGACGAGUGCGGACAGGCCACCACGUCCACUUUCACCUUCACCCUGCACCAGUGUCCCUGUCAGAACAAUGGCAACUGUGUCAUCGAUCCCGACAUGCCGCGCGGCCAGGGCCACUACAACUGCGAAUGUCCCGGAUAUACGGGGGCGCUGUGUGAAGAGGAAGUUGAUGAAUGCGCGUCCAACCCGUGUGAGAACGGGGCGACUUGUUCCGACGAAGUGGACGGGUUUACCUGCACGUGUGAUGAACUUCACACCGGUGCUGUAUGUGACAUAGAUGUUGAAGACCGCUGCGCUCUAGAGCCGUGUUUUGAGGGAGUCUCAUGCGCCAAUCGUAACGGCUCAUAUCAAUGUGGGCCGUGUCCUUCUGGAUACAACGGUGACGGGCAAAAUUGUACUGAUGUGGACGAGUGUGCGCUUGGCACGGACACCUGUGAACACGUCUGUAGGAACACACCUGGGUCCUUCUUCUGCACCUGCCAAACUGGUUACGCGAUGGUAGCUGGAAACUGCUACGAGGUUGAUGAGUGUUUGGUGGACACCCAUGACUGUCAUGACGACGCAACGUGCACCAACACGGACGGGUCGUUCACAUGCUCGUGUAACCUUGGCUUCCAGGGCGACGGCAAGCAAUGUGUCGAUAUCAACGCCUGUUCACCAAAUCCAUGUGUCCCGGAGGCCGUCUGCACAGACAACCCUGCUCCUGACCUCGCUGCCACCUGUACGUGCGGACCCGGACUGGAGGGAGACGGUUUAGUUGCAGGAACUGGAUGUACAGACAUUGACGGCUGUUCGCCAAACCCGUGUGACCCAAGGGCCACCUGCACAGACAACCCUGCCCCUGAACUUGGCGCCAGCUGUGUGUGUGGUGAUGGGUAUGAAGGAGACGGUUUCUCCGCUGGAACAGGAUGUAAAGAUUGCUCGGACCUGUACCCUGACCUCCGCCCUGCCAGUAACUUCGGCAGGUACCAGAACCAGUGCUUCUGGUUCUCUCCCAGGGACGCCCAGCGGCUGGAGUACCAGGACGCCCUGCUGACGUGCGCGUCUGACGGCCGUGGCGGGACUUUGGUCAUGAUCAAAGAUGCCGGAAUGCAGGCCUUCAUCAGGGGCUAUCUGAGGGGCACCGAUGGUGGAAAACAAAGGCGUUACUGGAUCGGUCUUGAUGACCUGAACACGGAAAAGGUUUUCCUGUGGAAUGACGGGAGCCCGCUGGGAGACCACCAUGGCUUCCAGACACUGCCUCAGCGCAGGCACAAACGACGGGACUGUGUGCUGCUGUUGAGCCAGCGUCGGUGGAACCUACAGAAGUGCAGCCUCAAACUGCCGUACAUCUGCCAGAUGGAUAGAAAUGUGAACAACUAAGGCAUACAGUGUACUGGGGCGUCAGCCUUAGAGUGAUUCUAUGACGUCAUACAGAACAUCAGUGCAACUUCACCAGAGUUCUGUUGAUUUACCAGAAAACAGCCACGGUUAUAUACUAGUGUAUGAAUGUUUCAUACCUAGAUCUUACAAGUAACAGCAUAAUACAGUACAACUAUUAGCUACGAGUAUUUUGGGAUGAGAACAACCAGCUCGAUAUUUUACAAUGUAUAAAAGCUAAUAUAUACAUUUGUACUGGUGAGUUUGUCUUUACAUAUGCAAGGUGAAUAGUACACAUCAGACGCUCUCUUCACUUCGAAGGGAAAAGCUCUGCGAAACAUUUGGGGUCUUUGAUUCAAAUUAUUUCUCUUCUUCCGUCAGUUUUGUCUUCGGUAACUAAUAUAAUCUACAUUGAACAGUAAUAUAUACUAGUAGGAUCUUUUCUGCCUUAUACUGAUGUAUUGGAAAUUUGUUGGUACAUUUACGCAUUGUAAUUUAAUUGUAUAUCAAUGUACAACACGUGCAUACUUCGUUAACGACAACAAAUGGACUAGAAAACGGUAAAAAAAUAUAUUCUACAGUAGUACUUAUUAACCAUUGGUAUGAAGUUGUAACAAAUUCCUUUUGCCAUUUGUGUGCGGUGUUGACUUUUGAGAUUUUCAAUUUUGUUCGAACUGCCUAAAGAGAAAUAAUGCUAACGUUUGCAAACUGCAUACUAAUGUAAGUUACAUUAACCUAUUAGCUUUAUGGAUCAACUGAUGAUAA